GAAACAAGCAGUAUUAGUUCUUGUCCCGAUUUAUAAGAAAACAUAAAACCAAGGAAACUAGGAGAAAUGAUCAAGUUACCGUACAAUAUUCAUAUAGUUGAUAUCAUCAAUUGGUCUAUUCGAUGCACUGGAUCUAGAUUAAAUACGACUAGCAGUAAUAUACGCCACUUGACAAACGUAGCCACGAUAAGCUUUGUAACAACAUCUAUCUUACAAGUUAUUGCGUUUUACUUUGCGAAAGAAAAUAUCGAGAAACUUUUCGAAUGCUUCAGUGUUUUAUCUUUUUGCGGAAUGGGACUCCUUAAGUUAAUGUCACUUCGAUGGAAAUCCCAUAAAUGGCAGCAUCUUUUGAACCAAGUUCAAAAAUUAGAGAGCGCUCAGAUUGAUGCUGGAAAUAUCGAUUUUGUUCAUUCUAUACAGAGUUAUACAAUUAAGUAUCAGACUAUGUCAACAAUGCUAUCCAGAAUGUAUGUAUUUACUGGUAUAAUUUAUAUCUUAUCACCGAUCAUUGAAUUUGCAUAUCUGAAACUAAAUGGUGACGAUCCUGUAUAUCCACACAUUUUACCAGUAUGGGCUCCACUCGAUAUUAGCACAUUUGGUUACUUAGCCACAGUCGCUGUUGAAAUAAUAUCAGCUAUUUACUGCGUCUGUGUACAUGUUGCCUUUGAUCUGUCCUCUGUUAGUUUGAUGAUUUUUAUUUGUGGCCAGUUUUCCUUGAUUCGUCAUUACAGCGAAAAUAUAGGAGGAAACUGUAAAAACCUUUGUAUUUCCGAUGAAAAUGAUGAACGCGCCCGCUGCUAUAUCUGAUACUGUCAUCAAACUCAGAAUACGCUUAUCAAUUUAAUUCGUGAAUUAGAAAAGUUACUGAAAGACAUUUUGGGAAUAUAUUUUUUCUUGGCAACUCUUACUCUGUGUUCGGUGGCAGUACGACUCAACAUGGAAACAAUGAGUGUAACUCAACUUAUAUCAUUGUUGCAGUAUCUAUGCGCGACAAUUACGCAAUUGUUCAUCUUUUGUUUAUAUGGAGAUGCUGUCCAGCAUAAGAGUUCCAUCGGUAUGGGUGAAGGGCCAUAUGGAGCGGCCUACUGGUGUCUAAGCCCAAAAGUUCGUCGCGAACUUACACUGCUGGCGGUUGGUAUGUCACGCCCACGACACUUACGCGCUGGCCCCUUCCACGUACUCAACUUACCAUCAUUCGUUCAGAUUCUACGAACGGCAUAUAGUUAUUAUGCCGUUAUACGGAAAUGAAAAACUACAUCAGUGUUAUUAAAACAAUGAAAAAAAAAAGUUGCUUUAUAGACAGUUCUUAAAAACCACGCACACACACCUGUUAGAGGACGUUCAAGUAUUACAUAACGCAAUUUGGAUGGAGUAGGUCUUGUAAAACGUAACGAUGCGUUAAAGGGAAGGAAGGGUGGGUCGAACAACACCUUAUCUAAUAUUAUUUUAUUAUUAAAAAUAAAAAAAUUCCAAGUUGGCAACUCUUUUCAUUUAUGUUUUACGGGAUUUCUCGACAGAAUUGUAUGUCAUUUUUAUUUUGUUUUCGUUGUCAGUUUUCAUGGAAACUUUUAUGGGGGGGAAAUACGAAAAUAUAUUGCGGCGCGUUGUAUGGAGGGAGGGAAAGUCAAAAGUUUAAAAUCGUGCAUAUUCAAAAAUUGCAUUACGUAAUACUUGAACGUUAUUACGUGAUAUUUUUUUGUUUGAGCAAAGAAAUUUUAAUGCUGUGAUAGUACGAAAAACACAUUUUGAAUUAAAUAAAAAUUGAUAGAGCUACACUAACAAAUGACAGUAGAGACUUAUUGGUUUCUUAUAAGUUGAAUUAAGAUAUUUUAGCAUAUAGCUGAAACACGUAUAAUAAAACAAUAGUAGCGAUCGGAAUUGCAAUAAAGCAUGGCGGCUUGACAAACUCUCAAUUCGCUCUGUUACUGUUAAAUGUACUCUUUUAUUCAUUGCAUCGUCGACAUCAUCGAUUUCCCACCUUUUCAAAACUACUGCUCAUUUUAAAAGAAAAACCCAAGGGUCCGUUAUUGAAGUUCAUAUAGAACAAAGAUAGUGGCUACAUAGUAAUAUAGAUUAUAGACUACACCGAUAGUAAUACAGAUUAUAGACUACACCGAUGUCUGCUGAGUAGUAGCAAUAUGUCCCCCGUGGAUGUUUUACUCAUUUAUUCAUUCUUCGGUUGGUCAGCACCGACCCUACAUUGUUAAAUCUCACUGCAAAAUAUAAGUACUGCACUUACUGCAAA